AUGGAUCUGGAGGAGAUUCUGACAAAGCUCGGCUGGGACGACGGUUUCCAAAUACCCAUCGCCAAUGCCGAAAACAAGGCUUUAGAGGAGCAAGUCGCCAGACUAUCUCUUCGAAAAACUAAAGCGAAUAAUGAACUAGACAGGGCCACUUCUAGGUUGGAAGGGCUUAAGGAUCAUAUCAAGUACGUAGGCCAGGAAAAUGAUCAAAAUCAGAAACUCAUCACUGCCCAGCGGCAACAGCUCGAAACCGCGGAGCACUACUACCACCUCACCAAAGCCGAGAAGACCAACGUCCAGAACGACUUGAAGAGGCUGAUGAAAGAACUCCAGGAGCUGGAGCAGUUCCAGGAGGGAAAGAAGUCCGACCUGCAGAAGAACAUGGCGAAAGCCGAAAAGCUAAAGACGGAAACGGAGUGGGACGCCGAAGCCCUGAAAGCCUGGGAGGAGACGCUGAAGAAGAGGGACGACGACAUCGAGCUCGUCAAGAAGUUCUCCACGGAGGACGCGAGGAAGUACAACGACCUGGAGGCCAGGAGGCAGCUGUUGCAGGUGGAGAGCGACAGGAAGAGGAAGGCUUUGUUAAAGAUCGUGGCCGAACUGCGUAAUAAUGAGAUGGUCAUUGAUCGCACAGGGAAAGCCCUUAAACAACAAGAAAAGGAACGCGACGACUUGGUGAAGCGGUGGAAGGAAGCGGUUAAAAUGUUGCAGCGGCGCGACGAAGACGUGGUGAAGACUCAAGAACACAUAAUCGGCACUCAAGAACUCAUUGAGAGGCAUAAGGAAAAGUUAGACGAGGAAAACGUCUUCCUCAACAACGAGAAGAGGAACAACCACGAGCUCGACUUGGAAAUGGAGAGUUUGAACGCCUUAAAUUCGAGGUUGAGGAGGGACUGCGACGAUUUAGCGCAGGACUUGCUGACAAUGAACAGCGAGCUCCAGGCCUUGAAGCGCGAAGUAGCGUCGAGCGCUCAACAACUGGAGAACGAAAGGCUGAAGCGGCGAUUCGUGGCGGACACCAUCCAGCAGACGGAGUCUAGAUGUGUUAAAUUCGAGGAGGACAUAGAGAAGCUGAUCCAGAAGCUGGAGGAGAUGAAAGACUCCAACACGAGCUCGGCGGAGAAGCUCAGGAACAUCGAGAAGAUGGUGGACAUGGAGGAGAAGCUGUACAACAUCUACGUGUCCGACACGGAAAAAAUCAACAGCCAACUGUACCGGAGCGACAAGGCGUACAAGGAUCAAAUCACGAUCGGUAAAUCGCUGGAGAUGGAGGUUAGCAACACAACGCUGAUCUGCACGCAGCUGCGGAAGAGGAUUCGUUGCGAAUCGACGGAGCUGGAGAAGUUCAAGGAGGUCGUUUACAACAUGGAAUUUCGAAUCGAUGAAUUUGAAAAGAGACUCCUAGCUCUUGAAUACGAAGCCAUAGAAGACGACAACGCAGAAGAAAAGGAAAAGGCAAUCCUGGAGUUAGAAGAGACCCUAACAAACCAUAAGGCGGUGCAGCACACCUUACAGAUCCAAGUAGACAAGCUGCGAGAGGAGAUGGGCAAACUGAAUACAGCCAUGGACAUGGAUAAAGAGCAACUGGCGUUCUUGAGGGAUAAAUGUGAGCAACACUUGCUCGAGAACGAGAUCAGCAAGAAACAUAUCGCCGCUGCGAAGAAAGUAACUCAAGAGAAACAGGUCGAGGAGAACAUGAUGCGACUGAGGAUCAACCACAUCGAAAACGACAUGAAAAAGGAGGACAAAAUGAUUUUCAACAUGGAGAAACUCAGAUUAAACUUAGAUCAGGUGAUGAGGGAGAGACAGCUGGAGAUCAACACCAACAAAAUGAUUCUUCUAGCCAAACGUCGGAACCUGGACGAAGACAGGGGUAGACUGAAGACCGAAAUCGCUCUGAGCCGGCUCAAAAUAGAGCAGCAUCAGAAGAAGUACCACAUGUUUCUGUCGUCCCUGGGCCAAGACGAGGAUGGUCAGCCCAUAUCAGUCACCAAUUUCAGGAUCAAGUAUGCGCAGGAGAAGCUUAUACUGCAGGAGGAAGGCGACCUUCUCGAUCAGAAGAUCAAGACGGCCGAAAAGGAGAUAGUGGCUAUGGAGAAUACCCUGAAGAUUGUGAACCUCACCAAUGUCGCGUUCAAACGGAGCCUUGCCCCUAUUAAAGAUGACGACCAGGAAGUGCAAGAGAUGAAAGCUUUGGAGGAAGACCUGAACAAAACAAAUAAUACUCUGAGGGAAUAUAGGAAAAAAUUAACCAGAAUUAAAGAAGAACUACAAGCAUUACGAAACGAAAUAAAAGUGAAAAACGACUUGGAAGAGCGAAUGAAGGAAAGCGUGUCACAACUAGAGGACGAAUUUGACAUGAUCCAGAAACAAGAAAUGGAUAAAGCGGAGAAACUGAAAAGAGCACAAGCCCAAAUAAAAAAGUUGUUAAAGAAACUUGGCCAACGAGACAUAUCCAAGUACAACAGGGAUUUCGAGAUAAAACUGAUGAAAGUGGGGAACAAACUCGUUUUACAGAAGCUGAUGGAGAUGUGCGGACUGUACCCGGAGAUAGGUCCGUUAGUAAACCGUUACAUAUCUGAACACAACAUCUCCUUGCCGGAGAAGAAAGUUACCUGGAGCAGCAGCAAUUCGUCCGGACGUAUUUCGCACAGUUCCGGCUCCCCGAAGCAGCCGGUCACGCCGAUUAGUUCCUCGACAAGCAGCGAACACAAUGUAAAGAAAGUUAAUCUGGCCCUGAAUAUAUGAAUAUUAUUUAUUUCAAAGG